AUGGCAAAUCGUUUGCAGAUUGUGUUCAAUAGAGCGGUUUUUGAAGGGUACGAGGGAGGUGGAGCAAGUGCGUCUAAUUGGCUGAGCGAGUGUGAAGCCACGGAAAAGCCAUGGUUGAAGCCACAGAUGAAGCCAUGGCUGAAGCCAAAGGAUAAAGCCAUGGUUGAAGCCAAGGAUGAAGUCAUGGUUGAAGCCACGGAUGAAGCCCACCUAGAGUAUGGAGACAUGGCUGCUAUCAAUAAGGUGCUUAAUAGUGCAGAUCAUAAAAAUCAGAUGCAAUCGUCGGAUCUGCUCUUGGUACUUGUCGCAAUACAACUGACCUUGACGACGCCGAACAUAAACGUUGUGGCGCGGUUUUUUACGAAAAAAGCAACAUCUGAUGACAGCCAAAAAUGGGUUUGUAGUACUCCUGGUAUUAAUUGCAAUUCAGUGCUAUCCACUCCGCUUUAUAGAAAACACUUGGCUAGCAAAUAUAAAAUAAACGCAUUCGAUGCCAUUUGA